AUGGUUUGGGCGAAGAGGUGGGUGUCGACCUCAGGCACCGGUGCCACCGGCACGCCGUCGACGCUCAGGCACCACCUCGCCGGCAGGCUGACGUCGGGUGCGGCGGGGAUGACAAAGUGGGCGAGCUCCUCCGCCUCCUUGAGCGUCAACGUGCCAAACAAUUGUUACUACAACAUUGUGAAUGUUAGAUGUGGGCAUUGCACGAUGGUUCUCUCCAUGGAUCUUGGACCUUUCCACCAAGCAAGCACGGCUCAAGAACACCAGGUGCAGAACAGAGUUGUAUUGAAUAAUUCUGGGAGUUACGACUCUGCUGCAAGGAAUCAGCGGGCAAUGCCCAUGUAUCCGAUGGUGAAUAAUCAGCAGCAAGUGUCACCGAUACACCCGCCGGAGAAGAGACAACAUGUUCCAUCUGCGUACAACAGAUUCAUCAAGGAAGAGAUACAAAGGAUAAAGUCAAGCAAUCCUGAGAUUAGCCACCGAGAGGCAUUCAGUACUGCUGCAAAAAACUGGGCUCAUCUUCCUCGGCUGCACUUCGCCCUGAGCGUUGCUGGCGGCGGCGGCGGUGCCAAUUAG